AUGUCAUCUUCCAACAGGACUGAAUCCAGCCCCUUGACCUUCAUCCUCACUGGCAUUCCUGGCCUUCCCACCAGCAGCCCCUGGGCAGCUCUGCCUCUCUGCUGCCUGUACCUCCUCAUGCUCCUGGGGAACGGCACCUUGCUCUGGAUGAUACGGACCGACCACACUCUCCACACACCCAUGUACUCCUUCCUCUCCAUGCUGGCCACCGCAGACCUGGGCUUGUCCCUCUCCACCCUGCCCACCAUGCUGGCCGUUUUCGGGCUGGGGUCGCCCUCCCUCCCUUUGGAGCCCUGCAUCGUCCAGAUGUACUUCAUCCACUGCUUCUCUGCCAUCGAGUCUGGGGUCCUGGUGGCCAUGGCUUUUGACCGCUUCGUGGCUAUUUGCCACCCUUUGCGCUACAGCUCUUUCCUGACCAGCUCCCUGAUGGCGAAGGCCGGGGGGCUGAUCUGCCUGCGGGGGGUCUCUGUGGUGCUGCCCGUCGCUGUCCUCAUCCGGAAGAUGCCGUUCUGCGGGUCCCGGGUCCUCUCCCACUCCUUCUGCCUGCACCAGGACCUGCUGAGGCUGGUUUGUGGGGAUGUCAAGGUCAACAGCUUGUACGGGCUGAUCGCCGUGAUCCUCACCAAAGGCCUGGACUCCCUGGCCAUCCUCCUGUCUUACACCAUGAUCGUCAAGGCCAUCUUGAGCAUCGUCACCCCGGGGGCACGAGCCAAAGCCUUUAGCACGUGCAUCUCCCACCUCAGUGCCGUCCUGAUCUUCUACAUCCCUCUCAUUGGCUUGUCCAUCACCCACCGGUUUGGGAAGCACCUGCACCCCCUCACCCAGACGCUCCUGGCUGAUGCUUAUCUCCUGGUGCCACCCGUUCUGAACCCACUCGUGUACAGCUGGAAAACCCAGCAGAUCCGCAGGCGGAUCCUCCUCCUGCUCUGCUGGAGAUGGUACCAGCAUCAGGUCUAG